AGAGUGGGCGGGCCCGGGCCCUUCCUCUUCGCACCCGCCCCGAUUGGGGGGGCGGGGUUGGGAGCCCUCGCGCCGUCAGGCAGCAGUUGCACUCUCGGAUGCAGCGGGUAGGGAGCAGUUUCUCCACCGGGCAGCGGGAACCCACAGAAAACCGGGUGGCUUCCCGAUGUCCCAGCGUGGCCCUUGCUGAACGAAGUCAAGUGGCCACACUACCAGUGAGGCUGCUCAAGGAUGAUUUGGCUGCCGCGCAGGGCAAUGGCUGUGAGGAACCAAGUUUCCAGAUGAAGGUGGAUGCCCAAGGUUUCGCUCCGGAGGACUUGGUGGUGCGGAUAGAUGGACAGAACCUGACGGUGACCGGCCAGCGGCAACAGGAGUCGAAUGACCCGUCCAGGGGCCGCUACCGCAUGGAGCAGAGUGUGCACCGACAAAUGCAGCUCCCGCCGACCUUAGAUACAGCAGCCAUGACCUGCAGCCUGACCCCCUCUGGCCAUCUGUGGCUCAGGGGACAAAACAAGUGCCUACCUCCCGCUGAAACCCAAACUGGCCAGUCCCUGAGACUCAGGAGGGGAGGCCCUAAGGGCUCCAAACAAACCCACCCUAACAACGGAGGUGUGCAGCAGCCUUAAAGUCCCGCAGCGUUCUUUCUGAGGGUGAAGAGUUGGAAACAAGUUACCUACCCCUGAAGCCCAAACAGGCCAGGCCCUAAGUCUCAGGAGAGGAGGCCCUAGGCGCCCCAACCUACCCUAAUGUAUUAAACCGAGGUGUGC